AUCAUUCAGAUUCAUAAUCCAAAAGUCAAGUUCUGAAUGGACAAAAUCAUCUAGGACAAGAUAACUCAACUUCCGGCUCAAAUUUCACAGCACCACUAUAAGAAAACUUUGUGAGCAACAAUCUUGAAACAGCUAGAAAAUCAGGAAAAUGGUGUCUUCAAGAUCUUCCAUUCUUUCGAUGCUCCUGAUCCUCCUCCUAACUCCAUUUGUAGUUUCACUUCAUCUUCAGGAUAGGUUUCUAAAAUGUCUCUCAAGAAAUUCUGAAUCAUCCUUUCCUUUCUCCACUGUCUUGUAUGCUCCAAACAACUCAUCAUUCACUAGUAUUUUACUCUCUACUGCUCAAAACCUCAGGUUUACGCUGCCUUCAGUACCGAAACCUGAGUUAAUCUUCACUCCUUUGAAAGAAUCUCACAUCCAAGCUGCGGUUAUUUGCUCAAAGAAGCUUGAGAUUCACCUUAGAGUCCGUAGUGGAGGCCAUGACUAUGAGGGACUCUCUUAUGUAUCUGAUAUUGCGAGACCUUACAUAGUUGUCGACCUUGCGAAGUUCCGAUCCAUUAGCGUUGAUAUUGAAGAUAACAGUGCGUGGGUUCAGGUGGGUGCCACGAAUGGUGAACUUUACUACAGAAUUUCUGAGAAAAGCAAAACUCAUGGCUUCCCAGCUGGUACUUGCUCAAGUUUAGGUAUGGGGGGGCACAUUUCAGGAGGUGCAUAUGGUGCCAUGCUGCGAAAAUAUGGCCUUGGAGCAGAUAAUGUCGUUGAUGCACAUAUAAUUGAUGUUCAUGGAAGACUUCUUGACCGAAAAUCCAUGGGCGAAGAUCUUUUUUGGGCCAUCAGAGGAGGUGCAGGGGGCAGCUUCGGAAUCGUCACCGCCUGGAAGUUAAAAUUGGUUUCUGUACCAUCAACGGUGACAGUAUUUACAGUUACUAAGACUUUAGAACAAGGUGCAACGAAGAUCCUUUAUAGAUGGCAAGAAAUUGCUGAUAAACUAGACGAGGAUCUUUUCAUCAGAGUACUCAUUCAGACAGCUAACGUCACCUCCCAAGCUAAAAGAACUAUUGCUACCACUUACAAUGCCUUGUUUCUUGGUGAUGCCACCAGACUUCUUCAGAUAAUGCACCACAGCUUCCCUGAAUUAGGUUUGCCCCGACAGGAUUGUAUUGAAACAGACUGGAUCAAUUCUACCGUGUACCUUGCUUUCUUCCCAAAUAAUACUCCUCCUGAAGUUUUACUUCAACGGAGGAAUAUAGUCAAGCUAUUCUUCAAAGCCAAGUCGGACUACGCCAAAGAACCCUUACCUGAAACUGCACUUGAAGGGUUAUGGGAAAACUUGUUUGAAGGAGAGGAAAGCAUGGAUGGAGAUGUUUUUGAAGAUUAAUGAAUAAUGUUGAUGAUAUUUAAUUUUUCUUUUUAAUCUAACAGGCUACUUACUACUAUAAAUUAUCUUAUUGUGUUUAAAGGGUGAAAAAUAUAACUUUAUAUGACUAUGUUAUGGUAUUUUAUAUUUCCCUUUGAUUUUCUAAUGAUCUAAUCUUAAUUGGAAAGAUAUAUAUUUUAGAUUUAUAUAAUAUAAUAUAAUAUAAUAUAAAUUUUUUUUAAUUUAUAGCAUAUU